AUGGUUGGCGAUCCGGUGGAAGAGGCAUCGAUCCGUGCCAUCGACUUUUCGUACGAUGCGGUUACUCGUCAGUGUCAAGCAAAGAAAGAUAUGGAGCGUGCGAGUGAGCGUCGCUGGGGCCAUGGCAUUAACCAGAAAGAGGUUUCUGUGCAAAUCAUGCACCGCAACCACUUUGCAUCCAAGCUGCAGCGAAUGAGCGUAGUUGCCAGGGUGAAUUUAGGCGACAAGGGUGUGCAGGUGCGCUCACUUGUAAAGGGGAGUCCUGAAGCAGUCGCAACGUUGAUGCGGCCUGAUUGCAUACCGGAUUGGUACUGGCCGACAUAUCAAAGUCUUGCCCGCCGUGGGAUGCGCGUGCUUGCUCUCGCUUACAAGGAUAUCAACGGGCGUCCGUCCGAGACUGAGGUCGCCCAACAGUCUCGCGCUUGGGCCGAAAGCGAAUUAAACUUUGCUGGUUUUGCAGUGUUUCAGUGUCUAGUUCGUAAGGACAGUGGAAGUAUUUUGAAGGUGCUAAAAGAGAGUUCGCACCUGGUUUCAAUGAUCACCGGCGAUGCAACGCUGACGGCUGUUCACGUGUCGAAGGAAGUGGGCAUAAUCACUCGACCUGCGCUUAUUUUAAGUGAGAGCUCGUCGCCUAGCGACCCUCUGAAGUGGACGAGUGCUGAUGACGACUCAGUUAUAGCGCCAUAUAAGAGUGGUGAUGUUAAGGUCUUGGUUAAGAAGUACGAUUUGUGUGUAAACGGCAAGACGCUCAUUGCUGCAGGCGAGGUAGACGAUUUGAUCUGGAAAAACCUGAGCCAUAUUCGUGUUUACGCUCGAAUGACGCCUGAACUGAAGGAAAAGGUGCUCACUUUCCUAAAGGUGCACGGUCAUCAUACCCUUAUGUGUGGUGACGGUGGUAACGAUGUGGGGGCACUAAAGCAGGCGCAUAUUGGCGUGGCUUUGCUCGGUGGGUUCGGAAGUGCGAAUGCUGACAAGAGUGUGACGGGUCUGGCAAAAUACCAGAAAGGUAAUGCAGCCACUGUGAGUACGCGCGAAGACCUGAUGAAGCUGCAUGUGUCAGCGUUGAAGAAGCGACUGGUUCAGCAAAAUGUGAACACAUCGCAUUGCAAGGUGAAGCAAGACUAUGUCGAGCUUAUUCUUAGUGAGCAGAAGAAGAAGACGAUGGAAACUAUCAAGAAGAAGCAGCAGGCUUUGGUGAACAAGAAUCCGAAGCUGAAGGUUCUUAGUAAAGAGGAGCAAAUGGCUGAGAUGAAGAAAAAGCAGGAAUUGCUGGAGGCUGACGUGCGUGCGCGCCAGGCCCGUGGCGAGUCGUUUGCGCGGAUGAAGGCUAUCGCAGCAUUUGCCAAGCGUGAAGCCGAAGAAAAGAAGAAGCUACAAUUGGAACGCACAGGGUCGAAGGGGUUUGCAAAUUUUGCAAACAAUGCUGCUAUGGCACAGUAUAUGGACGACUUUGACGAUGGUGAGGUGCCGAUGGUGAAGCUUGGUGACGCGUCAAUCGCGUCCCCUUUCACGUCGCGCGCUCCAUCGAUUAAAGGCUGUGUCGACAUUAUUCGCCAAGGCCGUUGUGCGCUCGUGACAACUAUGCAAAUGUACCAGAUUCUGGCUGUGAACUGCCUUAUUAGCUCGUACUCGCUGUCAGUGCUUUAUCUUGACAAGGUCAAGUGGGCCAACUCACAGAUGAUGGCGCUGGGCAUGAUUUCCACGGUGGCUAGUAUCACUUUGAGUCGCGCGACCCCGCUGGACAAUUUGUCACCUAUGCGUCCGCUGACGUCCAUUUUUCACCCGGCGCUCUUCUCAAGUCUCGCUGGCCAGUUUGCGCUUCACCUUGGCUGCAUGAUCUACCUCACGAAUCUUGCGAAGGAGUACACACCCGAAGGCGAUAUGGCGCGCUCGAAGCCUGGUGAAUAUCAGCCCAGUGUUCUAAGUACGGUCAUCUUCUUGAUCAAUGGCGUGCAGACAGUGAGCGUGUGCGCUGUAAAUUACAAGGGUCGGCCAUUUAUGAAACCCAUGACAGAGAACCCGGGACUUCUUUACUCGCUCGGCAUCAGUAUCGUUGGCGUGUUUUUGCUGUGCACGGAGCGCAUGCCUGUGUUCAACAAAGUGCUACAGAUUGUGCCUAUGCCUGACCCGCGCUUCUCGCGUAUCCUUACUGGACUGCUCACUCUCGAAGUACUGGGUGCUUUUGCAUGGGAUCAGAUAUGCUUGCUGGUGUUCGCGCCCAAGAUAUUCAUGGCGUCAAUGCGCGCGCUGACCUUCAAGGACGUGCGCCAGCUGUUCAAGAUGACGGUCGUUUCACUGCUGAUCAUUUACGUCCUGGCCAACAUUGAUUACGAUGAAAUCGAGCGCCAACAGCAGCUUCUUGAAGAACAGCAUGCUGUUGUUGAUGUGGAGGAGAUCAGCAAUUAG